GAAAGAGAAGAAAGAGAGAAAGAAAGAAAGAAAGAGGGAAAUGGCUUUAGCUUCUUUUCCACUAAUUAUUAGACGUUGGCGAAGGUCCAACUUACAUUAUGGUGAUUAUGCGCAAUACAGUCGCUUAAGAGAAUAUUUAACAGAAGAAUUGUUUAUUACAAGACUAACAGCCAUUGAACAGCAUGUUGCAAAAGAAUACCCACAAAUUUGGAUAGACACCUAUUUAUUUCUAAUAGCCAUUCUGUUAGUAGCAGUAGCAGCAGCUAUUUCUAUUGUUGCUCGUGCUGCCAAUGCAGGACUUUGGUAUCCACUCAUCAUCUUGCUUGUUCCUGCCAUGAUUGCCUUUUUCACAACUCGUAGACGAAAUACAUAUUAUAUUCGACUUGCUCGAUACUAUGACUCUUUACAAAGUCUUUUAAAAGAACUCAACUCACAAGACGUAACAAGACAAAUCAAGUGGACCUUUAGACGACCCAGGGAUACAGAUACGUCGGCUGAGCUUCUGCUGAAACAACCAUUAUCGGCUUACAAUAUAAACUUCGUCAUUGAUAUUUCACAAGUCGACACAGAGACUGAACUGGCUCAGGAAGGGGAAGCAUUGCCGGCCUAUGAUACCUCCAUGAUGGAUAUCGUAUUGGAUAUCGGCCCUGAAAAUGUACGUGAACAGUCAACAGGACAUCCUCUUCCACCUUCUUAUGACAGAUCCAUCGAAAUGGGCGAUAUUCAACAACCACCACCCGCAUAUCCUAUUAAUAAUAAUCGACCAUAGCUAUAUUGUAAUAAUUAGUGUGUAUUAUCUGUAUUAUAUAUAAAUAACCUACUGUUUGCAUGAUGCCUAUUGUGUGUGUGUGACUAAUUGUGGCUUAUUC